AUGGCAGAUGCAGAGGACAUUCAGCCUCUUGUGUGCGACAAUGGAACAGGAAUGGUUAAGGCUGGAUUUGCUGGGGAUGAUGCUCCCCGGGCAGUCUUCCCUAGCAUCGUCGGCCGUCCUCGUCACACCGGUGUGAUGGUUGGCAUGGGCCAGAAAGAUGCUUAUGUUGGUGAUGAGGCUCAAUCCAAGCGUGGUAUUUUGACCCUGAAAUACCCAAUUGAGCAUGGUAUUGUGAGCAACUGGGAUGACAUGGAAAAAAUCUGGCAUCACACCUUCUAUAAUGAGCUUCGUGUUGCCCCAGAGGAGCAUCCUGUACUCCUAACUGAGGCUCCUCUUAACCCCAAAGCUAACCGUGAAAAGAUGACACAAAUCAUGUUUGAGACAUUCAACACUCCUGCCAUGUAUGUAGCUAUUCAAGCUGUCCUCUCACUCUAUGCCAGUGGUCGAACGACUGGCAUUGUGAUGGACUCUGGUGAUGGUGUUAGUCAUACAGUCCCCAUCUAUGAGGGUUAUGCUCUUCCGCAUGCCAUUCUUCGACUCGACCUUGCUGGCCGUGAUCUUACUGAUAACUUGAUGAAAAUUCUCACGGAGCGUGGAUAUUCAUUCACUACCACAGCAGAGCGGGAAAUUGUGAGGGAUAUGAAGGAAAAACUUUCAUAUAUUGCCCUUGACUACGAGCAGGAACUUGAAACAUCCAAAACCAGUUCAUCAGUUGAGAAGAGCUAUGAGUUGCCUGAUGGACAAGUCAUCACAAUCGGUGCCGAGCGUUUUAGAUGCCCGGAAGUUCUUUUCCAGCCAUCCAUGAUCGGAAUGGAAGCUGCAGGUAUUCAUGAAACCACAUAUAAUUCUAUCAUGAAGUGCGACGUAGAUAUCAGGAAGGAUCUGUAUGGCAACAUUGUCCUCUCUGGUGGUUCGACCAUGUUUACGGGCAUCGCCGAUAGAAUGAGCAAGGAAAUCUCUGCAUUGGCUCCAAGUAGCAUGAAGAUCAAGGUGGUGGCACCUCCAGAGAGAAAAUACAGUGUCUGGAUCGGUGGUUCCAUCUUGGCUUCUCUGAGUACCUUCCAGCAGAUGUGGAUUGCAAAGGCAGAGUACGACGAAUCUGGGCCGUCGAUUGUCCACAGAAAAUGCUUCUAAAAUGACAAAGAAACAGAACGGUUAAGAAGACAUGGGAGUACUUGUAGUCCUUUUUGUUCUAGCUUUUAUUGUUUUAGUAUUGAAAUAAUUGAUUUGAAGAA